CAAACUUUCUUAUUCCUAAAAGUCAUUUUAGGUACUUAUGGAUGCCGAUAUGAUCAGUGCUGCUUUACGCCUUCGGGCUCAAGUCAUUGCUUCAAAAGAACUUCUGGUAAGAGAGGAAAAUGCCGUAGGGCCAAGUGAUCAUUACAGUGAUCUUCAUCGAGAUGCUCUUUCAAGUGCACUGAAGGAAGAACAAUUGGUUGAAGACUUACUUGCAAAGCGUCAAGAGCAAUUAGACCGAAUUAGAGCACUCUCGGCACAAAUUGAUCCAGCGAAGCUUCAACGCGCUAAGGAACUCCUUCAGGAGAAACAAGAACUUGUGAAAAAGCGAGAUGAGCUGCAAGCUCUGCUGAAGGAGAAGAAUUUGACUUUGUCGGAUAUUCAAGCUCGUAAAGGACGCAUCACUGACCACGACGCAAAACUGUCGCACCUCAGAGAACUUGCAGAAGACCGCGAACAACUACAGAGCUACAUGAAAAGUACUUCGAAGAAAAUUUCUGCCUCCUAGCUAUAAGCAUGCAGUGCACACUGCCUUUGUUCGGUUAAAACAUUUGUGUUCGACUCUCCCUUCCGUGGGAAGCAUAAAGCGGUGUGCCAAGCUGUACGAACUUGCUAUGGAUCAUUUUGCAACUUCGAGUAUUUAGCUUACAGAAAAAUAAGUAUUUUUAUACCUGUGAAUAAUUGCAACUUAUGAUUGUCUUUAUUCGUGCCAUAAUGUAUGUACUUCAACUACAG